GACCCUCGCGACCUAUCUCCUUCUCUGCAAGGGGGCUUUUAAGGGAUUAACGCAUCCGAGACCCCUGGUUCGGCUGCUCGAGGUCCGAUCCUGUCCCUCCUCCCUCCUCCCUCCUCCCUCCGAACGGGAAGAUGCCGCCCGACGGUUCCGGCAACAGGGGCAAUGGCAACACCAGCAACAUCCGCGUUUUUGUUCGCUGGCACGAGCCGGUCGUCUUCGCCGGCGAGGAGGUCAAAUGCACCAUCACCUUCAAGAACGUCGCCCCUUCCCCCGGUGCCCCCGCGCAGUCGACAACGCCGACGGCCUUGAAGCCCUCAACGCAGCUCCCGCCCCCGUCGAGACUUUCGGGCACCGAGCGCGGUCCGCGCCAGUCAUCACCGUUCCACCCCGGGCGCCCCAAGCCGAAUGCGGGCCUCGCACCGCCCGCCAGCGCCCGCGGCCACCGGUCAACCGUCUCCCUCUCAGUGCCGUCGGCUGCCUCCCGCGCCCGCACAGGCUCGGUGACCUGGUCGCCGGCGCCCGUUGCGGGGAGCCCGAGCCAGCGCAAUGGCAAUAGCAACGGCAAUGGAAACGGGAAUGGCAGUGGGAACGGAAACGGAAACGGAGGAGGAAGUGGCCAUGGACACAAGCGGUCGGUGUCCAUCGUUUCGAUUGGCUCGCUGAGCACCGUCGACGACACCCAGAGCAGUACCUCCUCGCCGAAGCCGCCGCGAGCAAGAGGACAUGCUCGCGCCUCGAGUUUGCAGAUCGUGCCCCGAGGCGGGCUGUUCAGUGGGCCGCGAUCCGCUACCCAUCAGAGGAUACCCAGUUCGCAGUCGUCGCCGCUGUUCCAUGCGUCGUACCCGCCUGAGAGGAGCAUCAACGGCCGUCUCCCGGGCACUGCGACCGCGCCCGAUACGCCGAGGCCCGAGUUCGCCCGGCGGUCUCCGACCUCGUUGCCCAACCCGCUCGCCGAGUUCAGGUUCCCCAUGUCGUCGUCGCCGACGUCGCUCAGUGCGGGAGGAGGACCGCCGGACGAGGACCCGACGAGCCCGACGGCUUCCGGCUUACCGGUGCGGCCGAAGGACGCCGUGCCGACCAUCAACGAGCAAGGGGUGGUGCCGUCGGCGCGGGUGCUCUCGACCAUGAGCAUCUCCGGCACGCCGCGGAGCAGCGGGGAGUUCUACUCACUGAGCAACAACUCGUCCGAGACGCUGGCCUCGGAGUAUGUGACGCAGCAGCCUCUGCGGACGCAAGCGCGCUCCCCCCACAGCAGGCGGACGUCGAACUUCUCCACGAACGCGACCAGACUGCCGGAAUCGCUGAUGAUGGGCUAUGCGCAGAUCCAGGGGUCUUUUACGCUGGACGGGUCGCUCAUCAACCUCGGGCCGUUCGAGGCCGUCAAGCGGAAGGCGGUCGUGGGCGGCCAUGGCGGCGGCGUUAUCGGCUUGGAGACGCCGAAGCGCGACAGCGGGUUGCUGCGCGGGUUCGGAUGGGGCAACAUCACCAGCUCGAUCGGCGAGCUCUUGGGCGGGGGUGAGCUCAGCAGCAUCAAGGAGAUGCGCGGAAUUGCCAACUCCAAGGCGAUACCGCUGCUGUCCACGCCGCAGUCGAUCCUGUUCGUCGAUCUGCAGCUGGGGCCCGGCGAGAGCAGGGCGUUUGAGUACUCGUUCAAGCUGCCCAGGGGGCUGCCGCCGACGCACCGCGGCAAGGCCAUGAAGAUCUCCUACAGCCUCGUGAUUGGCACGCAACGGCCGGGCGGCGCCAAGGAGCAGCAGGUCAAGUCGGUGGACAUCCCCUUCAGGGUGCUGGGCAGCGUCAACAGCCACGGCGAGAUCCUCGGCCACGACCUGAUGUCGCCGUACAUCCUCCUCCGAGACCAAGCCCGCGUGCAGAGCGUCAACCCCAACACUGCGGGAAAAAGCAACAAACCGCCGUCCUCAUCAGCAAGCACCAACCCGUCCCAAUCCUCCGCGAUGGGUUCCUUCCUCAGCUAUGUUGACGACCUUCUCGCCCGCGCCCACCACAACCCGACCGCAUCGCUCCUCAGCCCUAACGCCGCCGUUCCUCUGACCCCGCGCACCCCAUUAUCCCCCACCCCGCGCUCCUCGCGGCGCCCCUCUCUCGUCUCCCUCUCCGAUCACCCUUCCCAGCUGCUCCCGCCGCCUACCGCCAAGGAAGCCAUCGACCUCGCCAUCCUGCGCGCCAACCUCCCCACUCACCACCAGCACACGUCCCCCAACCGCUUCGACAUCGCCCGCAACGGUCGCCGCGUCGCCGUCGUCAUGCUCACCCGCCCGGCCUACCGCCUCGGCGAGACGGUCACCUGCGUCGUGGAUUUCGCUGCCGCUGCCGCCGCCGCCGCAGCAGCAGCAGCAACAACAGCAGCAGGCGGUGGAGACGGCGGGGUACUGCCGUGCUACGCGGUGCACGCGGCGCUCGAGACGACCGAGAAGGUGGACGCGAGCCUGGCGCUGCGGUCCGAGGCGAGCGUGGCGCGCGUCACGCGGCGCGUGUGGAGCGCCGGCAGCGAGGCCGCGCUGUUCGCGCGCCGCGUCGUGUUCAACCUGGCCAUCGCGCCGUCGGCGACGCCCGAGUUCGUCACCAGCGGCGUCUCCCUCGAGUGGAAGGUCCGCCUGGAGUUUGUCGUGCCCGCGGCCGGGCACGAGAGGGGCGGCUCGCAGCACCAGCAGCAGCAGCAGCAGCAGAGAGCGGGCGGUGAGCCUGGGAAGGAAGGGGAUGAGGCGCGGGGAAAUCAUGAUGAGGGUGAUGAUGAUGAUGAUGAAGAACAAGGGGAGGGAGGGGAAGGAAUGAAAAAGGGGAAGCAGACCGGGAGGGACAGGGUAGAAAGGACGGCUGCGCAGCCGCACCCGCUGCUGGAGGAGAUCUCGCGGGAUAACCGCGGCGGGCUGGUGCUGGUCGGCGUGGAGAACCUGGUGUGCGAGAGCUUCGAGGUGGCGGUGCCGCUGAGGGUGUACGGCGCGGCGUGUAAUGGGCUAGAGAGGCUAGAGCGCGACGAGGCGGUCGACGAGGGUCUGCCGGUGUAGUCGAAACACAACAUCCUCUCUAGGGCUUUUUUUUUUGCUGGCUACAUGGAUAUGC